AUGAGCGACUACGACGACACGGCGCUGCCCGUCUUCUACAUCGGCCAGCACGAGAGCAGCCGCGCGCUGGACGUGUCGGCCGAGCUGGUGCAGCACGCACAGGAUCUGGGGUAUGACAUGCUCUCGAGCCCCAUCACCAACGACCACUUCCACACGCGCGUGCUGGCCCUGCUGCGCGCCCACACCCAGGCCGCCGCCAGCGCUGCCCGUCCGCUGCCGCUGCCGCUCAUCGCCGCCCUCGAGCGCCUCGACACCCCGCUGGGCCCGACCGACACCAUCAGCCAGCUGGUCACGUACUCGAGCGCCUGGAUCGACCUGGCGUCGCCCGACCCCGUCAUCGCCCACCUCUCGCGCCAGGUCCUGCACCUCGAGGUCGCCUAUGCCUCGUUCUGCGGCGCCGUCAACAUCGUCGUGCCGGGCCCGCGCCUCGCCCACGGCCAGCGCGGCGUCGCCCAGUAUGCGCGCGCCGUCAAGGAGGCCCUGGCCACGGGCGCAUACGUGCAGUUCCACGUCCUGAUGCCCGUCGACGGCACCGCCGCCGCCGUCGACGACCAGAACGAGCUGGGCGACCUCAGCCGCUUCGCCCGCCCCGCCCCCGCUGCGCCGCAGGGCACCACCGACGCCUGGAGCUCGUGGGAGGCCUGGGACACCAUCCGCGCCGUCUGCAAGUACCACUCCCGCCUGUCGCUCGCGCUCGAGAUGCCGCGCAAGCUGCCGUCGCUGUCCGUCCAGGCGCGCUGGUUCUCCGAGCCCGUCCGCCUCGUCACCAUUCCGUCCGCCGCCUUUCUCGUCAACGCCCGGGGCUCGCACGUGCUGUCACGGGCACACCAGUGGUUCCUGUUCCGCUUCGCGCGCCUGCGCUCCGCGCCGUGGCUGCUGCUGUCCGACGUCGGCCCGCUGCCAGGCAUCGACGACCCAGAGAUGAUCAUGUCCUACUCGACCGGCCACCUAUCGCCCGCGACCGCCGAGGACGCCGACCCGUCCGCAGAGCCCACGCCCGCCGAGGCAGCCCAGCUGAAGAAAAAGGCCGCAAAGACAAGCAGCAGCAGCGACCCGACACCGCACCUGAGCUACCUCCGCUACCUCCAGCGCAACCAGCCGCCCAAGAGCCAGAUCGAGCGCUUCGGCGGAGGCUUCCAGGAUUACUUGCAGAGCCCACUGCAGCCGCUGUCCGACAACCUCGAGUCCAUUACGUACGAGGUCUUCGAGAAGGACCCUAUCAAGUAUGCCUGGUACGAGCGGGCAACUGCACAGGCUCUGAAGGACUGGCAUGCCCAGAAAAAGUCCACGAGCUCGGACAACGGCGCAGUGGUUGUUGCUGUCGUCGGCUCGGGCCGUGGCCCGCUCGUUACGCGCGCGCUGAAUGCUAGCGCCAGUAGCGGCGUGCCCGUCAAGGUAUACGCAAUCGAGAAGAACCCCAACGCCUAUGUCCUGCUGCAGCGACGCAACAUCGACACCUGGGGUGGCCGCGUCACUGUCGUCAAGACAGACAUGCGCGCCUGGAAAGGCCCAACGCAGCCUGAUGGCUCGCUCGGAAAGGUGGACAUUUUGAUCAGCGAACUGCUAGGCAGCUUCGCCGACAAUGAACUGUCUCCGGAAUGUCUUGAUGGCGUACAGCAUGUUCUUAACCCCGAGCACGGCAUCUCGAUACCGUCCAGCUACACGGCGCAUUUCACACCGCUUGCGACCCCAAAGCUGUGGGCAGACAUCCACGGUCGUAGCACCAGUUUCGACUACCUUUCGACUACUACAGACGAGACCAGCGCGUCCAAGCAACUGAACAACGGCACCAAGAUGAACAACUUCAAUUUGGAGGCACCUCUUGCGCCUAUCGUCCGGACAGCUUGGGAGUUUUCGCAUCCCUUACCACCUAGCGUCCUCGCUCAAUCAGACCUGCGCAGGGGCGGGUCUGCCGUGGGUGGUGGAGGCGGCUUCAUUGGCGGCGACGGUGCCAACGAGCACAACUACCGAGACUGCCGCAUCUCCUUCCCAAUCCGCGAACAGGGUGUGUGCCACGGCCUCGGUGGCUACUUCGAGACCGUACUGUACAGUGGCUCAGAAGGGCCUGUGGAGCUGUCGACAAACCCUGUAACAAUGGAUGCCAAGUCCAAGGACAUGAUCUCCUGGUUCCCCAUUUUCUUUGCACUCAAGAAACCCAUGCAUCUGCCCGCGGGCUCCGAGCUGGAGGUCAGCAUGUGGCGCCAGACAGACGACCGGAAGGUGUGGUACGAGUGGCUUGUGGAGAGUUUCAUGACGGUCAACGGGCAGCGUAUCAAGCUGGGCGUGUCCGAUCUGCACUCGAGCAUAAGCAGCGGAUGCCUGAUGUAG